AUGUUGCCUCUCCUUGCUCUUGCCAUGACGCCUUUGCCGUGUGUGGGCUACACGUUCAUCACCUUAGGAGAUUGGGGGGGUGCGCUGCCAGGGGCGUACCAGCCAUCCACGCCGUACGCACAGAACGUGAAACGCGUGGCUACCCAAAUGGCAAAAACUGCAGAAUCCAGCGAAGUCAAGUUCAUUGUGAACACUGGCGAUAAUUUCUAUUGGUGUGGUAUUGAAAACACCUCGGACUUCCAGGUCCAGAAAGACUGGGUCGAGCCAUACAGCGCUAGUCCUUUGCAGAUUCCGUGGUACAGCGUCUUGGGAAACCACGAGUACGGCUACAACGUAUCUGCGCAGAUUGAUUUGGGAAACAUGUACAAGAAUUGGGUGAUGGAUGCAAGGUACUUUACGAAGCGCGUGCAGAUGGCGGGCAACAAUUACGUCAGCAUGAUCUUCCUGGACACCUCCCCCUGCGUGCAGGAGUACCGCGCAGACAGCAAGUCUGGCUGGGAUCCUUGCGGGGAGUAUCCCACGUGCUCGCUGUCAGGAGGAAGCGACGAGUUCGAGGGCAAGUGUACCUUUCAUGAGAACAUUUUGUCGCAGGACUGCGGCGCACAGCUCGCAUGGCUUAAGAAAUCUUUAGCGGCGGUCCCAGCCGAUGACUGGCUUAUUGUGGUUGGUCACCAUCCUGCGCAAGAAAUGAACGUCGAGGAUCUGACUUCGGCAAUGCAGGAACGUGGUUUCGACUUGAUCUGA